UCGUACAGCAGCAUUUUUUUCCAGGGAAUUCGAAGCAGGCGGUGUGUGUGUGUGUGGGGACAUUAACAACGGCAUACAAACUGACAGCAUGUUCAGUUCUGCUUUCCAGUCUCCCCGCGCAUCGUGCCUGUUGAUUCAAAUUGUACCAACCAAACCGAUGGACCAAGCGACCCAACCGUACGAAGGAGUGCACUGCGACGAGUGCCACUACUGGUUUAGCAAGCUGUACCUGUUCAAGCAGCACCACCGGAAAUGCCACAGCGAUCUCGGCGAGCUGAUCGAUCUGCCCCCCUUGCCCGCGUUUGCCAACACGGUGAAGCUGCACAACCUCGAGGACGAGCUGUGGUUCGCUAUACUGCACACCUACGAAGGGAAAACGGUGCUGAUGCGCAUAUUUGAGGCCGAAACUCACGCCACAAUGCGAAUCGCAAAUCAGCGCGACAUGGAGCAACAACGCCAACGGCUGGUACGGAAGGGCGCCGGGGACACCAUUACGAUCGGCGUCCUGUACGAUGUGUAUCCCGAAAUCAAUGCGGAGGAUACGCUUAGCUUUAAGGUCGUUCCGCGCAUCUACUGGGAUGUGAACGAGGAUGGUACGAAAACACCGAUACCGUCGAUGUCGUACCCGGUCACGGGACGCUCGGGCCACCGUGGGCAGUACCCGGGAAAGUUCCUAUUCCCAGAAAAUCUCAACACGCGCCACGAACCGGCAAGCUACAUCUAUAGCGAUGUUGUACUGUGUGAGCACAAUGUCCCUCCUAAUCCCUUCUAUGUUGAGCUGGAACGAAUUGUAAACACACUUUAGUAUGUACAUAGUUUAGUUUUAACACAUUCUACCCCUUACAAAAUGCAUUGUAAGGGUACGAUUAUUAUUGUCACACACAGGGUUGUGUUAAUUUUCAGUUGUAUUGUUUUCGCUAGGCUUUAGCUAAUGUAUAACCAAAACCGCGCACCAUAUCUUAACCCAUACCACAAUACAAAGCACUGAACUAAACAGCCAAAAGCUUUUUGUUCUACUUCAGAAACAUGUACGCAAUUGGCACAGAAUACACAAUUUCCCUCAGCUUCAACCAUCGGGGCAAUUUAAUUAGUUGUUAUACUUUGGGUUUCCACUUUUUCAUGUUAACUACCCAAAAUACCUCCAAUCAUGUUUCCACCAUUUACAACUACAAAACUUUGUUGUGGUUCGCGCAUUUCAUUUUCGCCAUUCUAUCCGCACGACCGCACGUUUAGCAGCACGAACUUUGGUUUGGCCGUUUCUUUUUUAAAUACACUGCUACGGUUUCUGUUCCACAGAAAUUGUGUGAGUUGCGAUCUAUCUUCGUUGUUACAUUUACUACACCAAGAAACGUGUUUCGAUUGGUCGCUAUAAAUUUUAACCAAACAAUCAUAUUCAACAUGAUGGCAAUUAGGCAACCGCCGCACCCGCUUCCCAACCACGUUUGUCACGUUUUGUUAGAACGCUGCUAGAUUAAGGCAUUGGUUUGGUGUACAUUAAAUUCACGUUUGCCGAAAAAGUUUCAAAAUUUGUUGAAGGAUGAAGGAAGUCCUUCUACAAACUGGUGGACCAUUUGCUGUGGACAACACACUGGUUGAUCCAAACCGUGGGAUGAUGCUUUGAUCGUCACCGUCUACGGCGAACGGCACAUCCAUUAA